CGGUGCUAUGUCACAGGUUUCCAUCCGGAACGGUGGUUGAUAGCAGUCCAGCGGGCAUUCAAAGUGUCUUUCAUCGAGAUGACCGAAAAGUCUCCGCUCCGAUAGAACCGCGCGAACGAGUUGUUUUGUAUAUUUACAUGUGUUUGAGUAACAUUUUUUGUUGGAGUGCUACGAGCGAAUUGGCGUGUGUGCGAGAAACAUUUGGAUACUUCGACCAGCACUGAGAACAGGGAGCAGGGAUGGAGCUAGCGCACGCCAAGCCAUACAAGGAGGUGCUCGAUUACUUCGGCACUGAUCCUGAGCGAGGACUGUCAGAGUCUCAAGUUAAGAAGUUUCAAGAAAAGUAUGGCCCAAAUGAACUGCCUGCAGAAGAAGGCAAGCCCUUGUGGCAACUCAUUUUGGAACAGUUUGACGACCUCCUAGUAAAGAUUUUAUUAUUAGCAGCUGUCAUUUCAUUUGUGCUUGCAUUAUUUGAAGAACAUGAGGAUUCCAUCACUGCAUUUGUGGAGCCCUUCGUCAUCCUCCUGAUCCUUAUAGCCAAUGCCGUAGUAGGUGUUUGGCAGGAGCGGAAUGCUGAAAGUGCGAUAGAGGCCCUGAAGGAAUAUGAGCCUGAAAUGGGCAAAGUCCUCCGAUCAAACAAGCAGGGCGUGCAGAAGAUUCGAGCCAAGGAAAUUGUACCGGGCGACCUGGUGGAAGUCUCCGUCGGAGACAAGGUGCCUGCUGACAUUCGCCUGGUCAAGGUCCUCUCCACGACGCUUCGUGUAGAUCAGUCCAUCCUGACGGGAGAGAGUGUCUCCGUCAUAAAGCACACGGAUCCCAUCCCCGAUCCUCGUGCUGUCAACCAGGACAAGAAGAAUAUUCUUUUCUCUGGCACAAACAUUGCAUCUGGAAAAGCUGUCGGCGUUGUUAUUGGCACCGGCCUCGAGACCGCCAUUGGCAAGAUCAGGACUGAAAUGACUGAGACUGAAGAGGUCAAGACGCCUCUGCAGCAGAAACUCGACGAGUUUGGUGAGCAGCUGUCCAAGGUGAUCUCUGUCAUCUGUGUGGCUGUGUGGGCCAUCAACAUUGGCCACUUCAACGACCCUGCACACGGUGGCUCUUGGAUCAAGGGUGCUGUCUACUACUUCAAGAUUGCUGUGGCCUUGGCUGUGGCUGCCAUUCCAGAAGGUCUUCCCGCCGUCAUCACCACAUGCUUGGCUCUUGGGACUCGCCGAAUGGCCAAGAAAAAUGCCAUUGUGCGCUCUCUGCCAUCCGUGGAGACCCUCGGUUGCACCUCCGUCAUCUGCUCAGACAAGACCGGAACGCUCACUACCAACCAAAUGUCCGUCAGCAGGUUCUUCAUCAUUGAUAAAGCUGAAUCGAAUGACAUUGCUUUCCACGAAUUUGAAGUGACUGGCUCGACAUACGAACCCAUUGGUGAAGUGUUCAAGAACGGAGCCAAGGCCAACUGUGCCAGCUACGAAGCUAUCCACGAAAUGACUACAAUUUGCACCAUGUGCAACGAUUCUUCUAUUGAUUUCAACGAGUACAAGCAAGCUUUUGAGAAAGUUGGUGAAGCCACGGAGACUGCCCUGGUGGUGUUGGCUGAGAAGAUGAAUCCCUUUGGCUUUGACAAGAGCGGCAAGUCUCGCCGUGAUGCUGCUCUUACGGUCACUCACGGUGUUCAAGGGAUGUGGCGCAAGGAGUUUACCCUGGAGUUCUCUCGUGACAGGAAGUCCAUGAGCUCGUACUGUUCCCCGCUCAAGAGUGGAGCAAAGGGCCUUAGCCCUGGACCCAAGAUGUUUGUCAAGGGUGCUCCAGAAGGUGUGUUGGACCGCUGUACCCACUGCAGAAUCGGCGAGAAGAAAUUCCCCAUGACCGCUGCCCUCAAGAACCGCAUCCUCGACCUGACCAAGCAGUACGGCACAGGUCGUGACACUCUACGCUGCCUGGCCCUGGCUACGUUGGAUAAUCCUCCAAAACCAGAAGACAUGGACCUUGGAGAUUCCACAAAGUUUGUUACCUACGAAAACAGCCUCACCUUUGUUGGUGUCGUUGGCAUGCUGGAUCCCCCCAGGAAGGAGGUGUUCGAUUCCAUUAUGCGCUGCCGCGCUGCUGGAAUCCGCGUUAUUGUCAUCACUGGUGACAACAAGGGCACAGCUGAAGCUAUCUGUCGUCGUAUUGGCGUCUUUGGCGAAGAUGAGGACCCCACAGGCAUGUCUUACUCCGGUCGUGAGUUCGACGACCUUCCAGUUGAGGAGCAAAGGAGGGCGGUCCAGAGGGCUCGUCUCUUCUCUCGAGUGGAACCUGCGCACAAGAGCAAGAUUGUGGAAUUCCUGCAAGCAGAUGGAGAGAUAUCUGCCAUGACUGGCGAUGGUGUAAAUGAUGCUCCUGCUCUGAAGAAGGCUGAAAUUGGUAUCGCCAUGGGUUCUGGUACAGCUGUCGCAAAAUCUGCCUCCGAGAUGGUGUUGGCAGACGACAACUUCUCUUCCAUCGUUUCCGCCGUUGAAGAAGGGCGUGCCAUCUACAACAACAUGAAGCAGUUCAUUCGUUACCUGAUCUCUUCCAACAUUGGAGAAGUCGUCAGCAUUUUCCUGACUGCUGCCCUCGGCCUGCCAGAGGCUCUGAUCCCAGUGCAGCUGCUGUGGGUGAACUUGGUGACAGACGGUCUCCCAGCCACGGCCCUGGGCUUCAACCCUCCGGAUCUCGAUAUCAUGGAGCGGCCCCCACGCAAGGCUGACGAGUCUUUGAUUUCUGGCUGGCUUUUCUUCCGCUACAUGGCCAUUGGAGGCUACGUCGGUGCAGCCACAGUGGGAGCCUCCACCUGGUGGUACAUGGUUGCACCCACUGGUCCCCGGCUCACCUACUACCAGGUGACGCACCACUUGGCUUGCCUGAAUGACAAGGAGAACUUCAGGGGCAUCGACUGUACCGUGUUCCAUGACCCGCACCCCAUGACCAUGGCACUCUCUGUGCUUGUCACUAUUGAAAUGCUUAAUGCUCUCAAUAGCUUGUCUGAGAACCAGUCUCUUCUGGUGAUGCCUCCCUGGACCAACAUCUGGCUGGUGGCUGCCAUGACCCUUUCCAUGACCCUUCACUUCGUGGUGCUCUACUGCGAUAUCCUCAACACUGUGUUCUCAGUCUGUCCGCUGUCCGUAGCGGAGUGGAUGGCAGUAAUGAAGAUGUCCAUCCCGGUCAUCAUCUUGGACGAGACCAUGAAGUUCAUUGCCCGCAAAUUCAUCGACGUUGCUCCCGAGGUUGGUCAGAAGAAAAAGAACUAAGCAGUGGGUGUGCAAUAUCCUGCAAGGUUCCUACAACUGAAAGGGAGAUCCUGCACCUACACAUCAUCAAACCACUUCUCCAUACCUGUCCACGUGUAUAGCUUUGGCUUAUGUUGCUGAUCUCCAUCCUGUUAAAGGACGUGCCGGGCUCAUACCUGCCAUUCCCCACGAAACCCAUCACUUCUUCUGAGCCUGUUCUCUCGGCUGUAGGGGGUGUUCUUCUGUAUAGUGUUGUUUUUUUUAGGUAGGAACCUCGUUCUUCCCAGUGUGUGUAUGUGUGUGUGUGCAUAACGGAACGGACCCUUGUGAUACUCUAGGAACAAAGGGGAGGGAGGGAGGGAGAAAGGGGAACACAGAGAGAGAGAGAGAAAAAAAAAGAACCCAUGUACCAUAGAUAAUUAAUAGCGAAUUAAAAAGAAAUGACAUUACA